AUGGCGACCAACAUACUCGCUGUCGACCCACAGAAAUUGGGAAAUAUCACAUUCACCGAAACCAAGACAGACUUGAUCGAAGAAUGGAACAUAGAAUACGCGGAUGGGCAAGACUACCAGAGUCUCAAGAGAGCAGCAGAAGAGAUCGUGAACACAGACACACCGGUCGCAUUUCCGACCGAGACUGUGUACGGACUAGGGGCAGACGCGACAAGAAGCUCAGCGGUCAAGGCCAUAUUCGCUGCGAAGGGGCGACCUUCAGACAACCCUCUCAUCGUACACAUCCACUCACUGCCACAGCUGCGCGCGCUGCUGUCCGGCAAAGACGCGUCGCUCACAGGAAGCGAUCCUAUCCCCGCGAUUUACAGACCGUUGAUCGAGCGCUUUUGGCCUGGACCGUUGACCAUCAUCCUUCCAGUACCGGAGAACACGGUGCUUGCGCCAGAAGUCACGGCCGGUCUGACGACGUUCGGCGCACGUAUGCCGCGCUCCAUACUUGCGCUUUCCCUCCUACGUCUUUGUGGUCGCCCUCUUGCCGGUCCAUCUGCGAACGCUUCCACACGACCCUCUCCCACGGCAGCCGAACACGUAUACGACGACCUGCAAGGGCGUAUACGCACCAUUGUAGACGGGGGGCCCUGCGAAGUGGGCGUAGAGAGCACAGUCGUGGACGGCCUAUCGAGCCCACCGAGCAUAUUGCGACCGGGCGGCGUCACAGUGGAGCAGUUAAGACAGUGUCCAGGGUGGGAGAACGUCACUGUUGGGUACAAGGACAAGCAGGAAGGAGGCGCCAGCAAGCCAAGGGCCCCGGGUAUGAAGUACAGGCACUACAGCCCGAAAGCGGAGGUUAUUCUAUUCGAGGCUGGUGCCACAAGGCCGGAGAGGGAGGAGGUGAUGAAGAAGAGCAAGGUCGGCAUAAUACGGACGAAGAGUUGGGACGCUGCACUCGGAUUGGCAAGUGCAGACUCAAAUGUCGCGGACACAAAUGGGUGUGUCAACGGUACUUCACAGUCCAACAGCGCCUCUUCAAUACCGACAGACGCACCUUCACGACUGUCAAAUUUGCUUCGCUCAGUCAUCCAGCACCAAACCCCACACGCACAACGUCACACGCUCAGCUCGAGCGAUAGCGAGAUUUGGGACAUCGAUCUAGGUGCGGAAACAGACGAAGUAGCGCGGGGGCUGUUCUCUGCACUGCGCGAGCUAGACAAGAAGGGCGUCGAAGUGAUCUUUGUGGAGGGCAUUGACGAUACCACUGGUGACGAUAUUGCGGCUGCGGUGAUGAACAGGUUAAGGAAAGCCGCUGAGAUUAGGACAUGA